CCCCCUUCAAAUCUACAUCUCUGACGCAUUGCGUUUACCAACACUGGAAAACGAAACCAAGAGCGAAGUGUAUUUUUUAGCUUUUAAAGUACAAUUCUGCAAUGGACAAGGACUCUGACAGCACUGUCACAUCCUUGGACGAGAACACAGAGAACUUCUGCCAAAAUCCCACGCGAGACAUUCUCGCCGAAGGAAUCACAAAUCUCUUUAAGCCGACCAUCGAGAAGCUGGACGAGCGGGUAGCCACAACAAUCCAAUUGCAGGCGGAGCUCAGGGGUCAGUUGGAAGCACUAUCUGCUCAACUAAAGGACAUCGAACGAGCACAGAGCCAGAUACCCGAAUUUGCCGACAAGGUCAAGGAACUGCUGAACGUAAAGCACAAAGUGACUGUGAUAAGCAACGUUCUAGGAACAAGUCAAGAGCGGCUCACGGGACUGCAUAAACUAAUCGAAAAGGAGCAACGAAGGCGUCAGGCUCUAUUGGACUCGGCUAUAAGCACAAACAUAUCAUAGACAAGCCAAAGAUGGAAACGCCCUACACCGAUCACCUGACCCGAGAAGACUAUGACCAUGUCUAUGAACCAGCCGAGGACUCUUUUCUUUUGCUCGACGCUUUGGAAAAAGAUUUGAAUUUUUUGGAGAAAUUGAAGCCGAGCCUUUGCGUUGAAAUAGGAUCUGGUUCGGGAGUUAUAAUAACUGCUUUGGCCAAAAAAAUCGGCACGGGUUCAAUCUGCCUGGCCACUGACAUUAAUCUUAAAGCUUGUGAUGCCACACGAAAAACAGCUGUCCGAAACGGUGCACGGGUGUGUCCCAUUCGCUGUAAUCUAACAGAUGCAUUACGUUCGCGUACUGUUGACGUCCUUCUGUUUAAUCCACCUUAUGUAGUCACCAGCGAUGAGGAGCUUCAAACUCAACAAUUUAAUUCAGGUGCCGAACCUUCAACCGAACGCAAUUUGGUUUUCUCAUGGGCAGGCGGCAAGGAUGGCCGACGCAUUACAGACCUUCUCCUUGAUAAACUGGAUGAUGUUCUUUCACCGACGGGAGUUUUAUACCUUCUCCUUUUACAGGAGAACAAACCUAAUGAAAUAAUAAAACAUCUCGACAGCCUCCAUUUUAGGGCUGUUAAGUUCCUAGAACGACGUAUUCCUGGUGAAUAUCUGCACAUUCUGAAGGUUACCAGGUCUUUAACAUGACGUGAAAUUAUUUUACCUCAUUCUAGCAUUUCUAAUAUGGUUAUAAAUUCAAUUCAAUUAAAUUAAACAGAUGCAUUGAAAAUUUUUUUAAGUAUUUACUUUUAUUUUUUAAAAUAAUAAUUGAUUUCUUCAUUAUUCUAAAUCGAAUUGUAAAAUAAUUUUAAACGAAAAAUAUAUUGCCUAAUAAAAUGAAUUUAUUAAUUCUGGAGUGGGUCCAAAUUAAA